GAUACCAUUUAUCAAAAACAUAGAGAUACCUCCGGGGGCGGAGACUAACAUUUGAUUGACAUCUAACUUUGCUACCUUGAGUUUUAAACACCAACUUACUAUUUUCUUCAUGGAACAUUCGUAUACUUUUUAUAUAGAAGUGGGAUAUAAAUAUUGACGAUGUUUUUAUGGUAUCGGACAAAUAUAUAUAUAUUAUGGGAUUACUUUGAUACAGAUACGGAGACUUAAUUAAAAUACACAUUUCGGAUUCUUAAUAAUCAGCAUAAAAUAAUAUACGUUAUAGUAGUUUAGAUUGUAUAUUUAAUUAUCAUCAUUUUCGUCAUGGAUUUUAAUAUUAUUUCGAGAUUAUUAUUUUUUGUUAUAACUUUUCAAAGUGUACAGUGCUAUAGUAUUUGUAAUAGAACCCCAAUUCACACUACUGCAACACGAAAACCCGGGGACAAUGGAUUUACAAUAAGGAUUUUAGACCUUCCUAAAAACGAGAAAUAUGUUCCGGGCGAAUUAUACACAGUGAAGAUCAAUGGAAGUUACGAUGACCAGAUGUUAAUGGGUUUGAUGUUAGUAGUUGUACCAAAAGGGGCCAAAGACGAAAAGUUAACGUUAGGCGCACCUAAGAUAUCUUGGGAAUCUCAAGUAAAAACUGACUCUGAUUGUGACCAUACCGUUAUCACUCAUCACUACCUCAUGCGAAAGAAGGGACUAGAAUUUAAAUGGCAGGCUCCAGAAAAAGGGUCCGGAUGUGUAGAAUUCAGGGCUACAGUUGUCGAGGCUCCAGAGAUCUGGUUUAAAGACGAUGGAAAUUUAACAAAAGUUAUAUGUGAAGAUGUUCCUGCAAUGGCUCCAUUAGGUGAUGGUACUGGUGAGCAUCGUUCUGAACCACGAAGCACAUGUUGUGCCUGUGGGAAUGCCCGAUACCAUAUGCAUUUUAAAGGAAUUUGGUCCAGACAGACCCACCCGAAACAUUUCCCGCUUAAAGAAGAAAGAACCCGACUUUUGCAUUGGUCGAGUAUAGUCGGUGCCUCUCACGGUGAGGACUACAGUAUAUGGGAGUAUGGUAAACCAGCAUCAAGAGCUGUCAAGGAGGUCUGUGAAUAUGGAUAUGUCAACCAUAUGGAACAAGAAAUGAGAAGAAAUACUGACAAGAUACUGACAGUUGUGAAAACUCAGCCAUUAUGGGGUGAAAGGGACAUAACCAAGAAAAGUCUCGAUACACAGAUAAAUGUCAACCAACAUAAUCAUCUGAUUUCUCUACUGUCGAUGAUUGGUCCAAGUCCUGAUUGGUGUAUAGGUGUAAGUAAGCUGAACAUGUGUAGAGCUGAUUGUAAGUGGGAAGAUGAAAUAAGUAUAGAUCUGUAUCCAUGGGAUGCUGGCACUGAUAGCGGUCUAUCAUACUUUUCUCACAAUAUUGAAACAGACCCACCAGAAAAUAUUCACAAAAUUUCAAACUCAUAUCCGAACCACGCCGAAUCUCCAUUUUAUGGUAAACAAAAAAUAAGACCAAUGGCCAAAAUAGUCUUUACAAAAACAAAAGAGGUGUGUAAAAAUGGAGAUUCAGAAGAUUCAUCAGAAGAUACAAGUGCAACAGACCUGAUAGAAAUGAUGAAGAAGAAGAUGAUGAUGAAAAAGAAAAUAGCUGAGCGUUUACGGCAAAAGCAAGAAAAGUGUGCAACGAGUGAUUGGACUGAAUGGACGGAUUGUAAUACUCCAUGUGGAGUAGGGUCCAUAGAACGGAGGAGAUUUUUAAGGAAUCCACAAAUUCAACCAUCCAUAUGUGGAAUAGAUCUUACGGAAACGAAAUCAUGUUUAGGAAACUGUAAAAAAGACAGAGUUCAAAAAGAGCUACCUGACGACUUCGUUGUAAGACAUGAUCCAAUCAGGAAAGUGGAUGACAUUUGUGCUAUAACACCAUGGUCUGAUUGGUCACCCUGCAGUGUCACGUGCGGCAUCGGUAUAAGAGAAAAAUGGCGAAUGUUUCUUCGAAAAAGUAACCUCACAGAUAACUGUGGACUCCAUCUAAUGGAAAAAGAUGUUUGUGUUGGCAAAAUAAAAGAUUGUAAACUAGCACAAAAAAUGAAAAAUUUUACAGCAAUAUGUUUGCAACCAUCUUACAAUGGACCAUGUACCGGUCAUUUCCUACGUUAUUACUAUAACCAUUCACUGAUGACGUGCUUGCAAUUUAAUUAUGGUGGAUGCCGUGGCAAUGAAAAUAAAUUUGAAACUGAGAAUGAAUGUAACAUGUACUGCAGGGAUCAUAUGGAAAAAGUUGAUCCUAGAUUAAACUCUGUUAUUGUAGAAGAAUUGAUGAUUCCAAAAAAGAAAGAUAAAAUGUCUGAUGACGAAUCCAAACGAAAGAAAAAAGAAAAACGGAAAAAUAAGAAAAAACAGAAAAGGAAAAAUAAAAAUAAUCGAUUGCGAAAAAACAAACGCACUAAACAUGUUCCAAGCUUAGGACCAGCAAUAAACUGUAAAGUAACUGAGUGGUCUGAUUGGUCAAGAUGUUCGGUCACGUGUGGUCGUGGCCUAGUGACAAAAUCAAGGAAAGUUAUUACCAAAGAUUCGAAUGGUGGAAAACCAUGUCCUAGAAAAUUAAUGAGAAAGAAGAAAUGUAAAUCACCAAAAUGUCCUAUAGAUUGCCAAGUUGGAGAAUGGGGACCAUGGUCACCAUGUUCACAAUCAUGUGGUGAUAAUGCAGUUCAGAAACGAAGGCGAAAAAUACUUAAAAAGCCAAGACGUGGCGGAAUGGAUUGUCCUUCACAUAGACAAAAGAGACGAUGUGUAGUGCCAAUGUGUCCUAAAGCUGAUGUAAGAUCCUAAAAUAAGAACCCUCAGAUAUGGAAAAAAUGAUGAGAGAUGCAAUGUCUGUUUCAUUUGGACGACGUUGACGCUGAUUUCCUUAACAGACUUCCUAUAAGUUAGUGGCAGCAGCGUAACCUCAUACCUCAUAUCGUGUACAUGUAAACUGUGUUUGUUUUCAGAACGCAACGAAAUAUCUAUAAAUGGGUACUUAUUCAGGUCUUUCACUUUCAAUUGGUGUGUUAAAUAUUUUAAAUGCAAGAUAUAUCCAAUUGCCACGAGAACUUUGCAUGAACAUAACAAUACAACGAAUAAGACGUACUAAUUAUUAUAAUGUAUAUUCUGAUUGAUGCUAAACGUGAAUUCAUUGUGCAAUUGUAAAGUUUCAUCUGAAAAUGGACUUGGUAGUGACAUUCUUAUUGAACGUCUAUCGGUAGUAAAAAGUGCUAACAUAAAACAAUCGGCUAACAAACUAGUAUUUUGGCCAGUGUUUUGUGCUUUUAUAAAAAAAAUCACAAAUAAUAUUAUUGUUUAAUUUGUAAAUAUUAAGUGAGAUUCUGUGUGAGUAAAAUUGAAUAUGAAUGAGUGUCAUCCUGAGUUGGUUGUUUGGAUGAGAUUUAUGUAUCACAACAAAGACCGACUACAUUUGUUUGCUUGCAUUGUAUAUUCUGUAUGAUGAAUAAAGUACAUCGGUGUAUCAAGUUGAACUUUUCACUCAGUAAUAUUGGUCUAGUAAAAAUAUAUGACUUAUCCCAUUUGAUAUUGAUAUAACUCCAAAUAUAUAGAAACUACUUAUACUAUCUUAAUAGACGCUUUAUUUUAUAACACUACUUCAAUGUCAAUGCCAAAGUAAUUUUUAAAACUCCAUCUAAACAUUUGACUAAUUAAUGUGUAUAUUGUUUUAACGUAUCUUUUAUAUUGAUUGAUAAGUAAUCAGUUAAAUAGGUCGAUCAUAACAUUAGAAAGAUUCACAAAGUUGUAUUAACAGGUUUUUAUUAACAGAAAAAUUUACCACUAUUCCAAAUUAUGAAGCAUUCAAUACAAGGCUGCCUACUGUCUACCACUGUUAGCACACAUUCAAAUAACAUAUACAAUUAUAUGUUAAAAAGUAACCUUCUGCGAUUCUGAACUGAAGAUGUAUUAAUAUGAUAAUAUACAAAACCUGUGUGAACUUGUGAAAAUGAAGAUUGUUUUAUAAUGGUUGUGAAUGUGUGUAAGCAAAUUAGAUGUGUGUAUUUGAAUCUUAAUGAAUGUUUUUAUUAUUUAUAUUUAUAUGUUGUUAUAUAUUAUAUCUAUUUCCAUUUGUGUUUCAUUUUAUUGUUACUUUGUAUCUGUAAAAUUUCAAAAUGCGAAACGUUUCGUAGUAGUCAUAUAUCUAAGCCAAUAUCCGUAAAAGAAAUCCUUAUAUUGGAGACUGAACAAUGCUUAUACGACUUUACAUAAUGAUGCAGACUUAUUAAAUCAAUAUAUGUUCACUAGAGUUAAGUCUUGUUUAAUGGUAGUGCGGAUCUCAAAAUGAAUUAUGGAGAGAUAGCUUAUAGAGAGGGACUUGUCCGUUAUGGGACUGAAAUGGUUUUAACAUUUCAUAUGUUUUCGAGAAACUUGACAAUUUUUUGAAUAUUUGUGUGCAGUUUUAAGCGGAAAAAGCACAUCAAGAGAGUUGAAUGUUUGUGAAUAAAAUAUGAAUUUCGUAAUCAUUUAGGAGGUGUUGUUCUUUUCACGGAAAGACUUAUUAUUAUCCAUUUUCCUGUCUGACACAUAAUUAUAGUUUAGAUAUCAAUUUAGGCAAAUUCUUUAAAAAAAUCUUAUGCGAAUACAGAUCUUGUGAAAUGAUAUCGUUUUGUUAAUAGGGGCUACGUUUUGAAGCAUUUCGGGUACCCCCGUUAUUAAAAUGACAAAAACAUUCAAGCCGUAAUUUCAUUGGUUGAAGAAAGAAGAAGGGAGAAAUCGACACAGACGGAGAGUGGUCAAAUGACUGUUGCUUGUAUUUCAAUCCGACUAAAAUAUUUGUAUAUUUUUUCCUAUUCAGAUGAAGAUAUAUUCAAAAUAUUCAAAAGAAAAAAGUUUUUUUCAAUUGUAUUGAAAUAUAAGACGUUUGUUAAAAAUGUUAUUCUUUUGUUAGAUCAGAAGUAUAAGUAUAUGCGUUGUCCUUAUCUACAAUUCUAAUUACUUUCCCUGAUAUAAAACUUGUGUGUGUGUAACUAAUUGAAUAGUUUCAAGAAUAAGAAGAUAAUCUAUUCAAAAAUUUAAAAGGGUCAAUUAAAAAGGGUUAUUUUGGGACAUUAAAUAUCACAAAAAAUUAUAUCAGAAAAUUAGAAGAGCUGCGAAAGUUUCCUUGUUACGUCAAAACAGUGAAAAAACGAUAAGAUCUCAAUGAAUAUAUUAAAUAAGUUACUAAAUAGUUGCAUUUGGCAAAGUCUUCCGGAAUUUUGGGUCCUAAAUGGUUUAUAGUUUAAAAUUAUUUUCAUUUAAAUGCCUUUGUAGACAAUACAAGCGUCUGGCGUACAAUAAUGUAAUCCCGUUGUCUUGGAUAAGUUUAUUCAUAUAUUGCUUUUGUAUAAUAUAACCUCUUUGAUAAAAAAAGUUUUGACACACACCAAGAUUUUUUUUUCUUAAACCUAGAUAUAAUAAAGAUGACCCUUUCAUAGAGAUGGUCAUGUUGUUAUAAGACCAUAUAUCAAGAUUGUCAAGGUAAAACUUUCGUUAAUUAUCCUUGUUUCACCUCUGCAAAAUAAUAUUUCUUUUCAUUUAUAUGUUUUGUAUAUUUUGUUCAUUAAAACGUUGUAAAAACCGA